CAACAGCAACAAUUCCAUCUUCAACCUCCUUCGGUCAACUUUCACGUGACUCAUCAAUACAAUCAACAUGUCGUCCCUCAAGCCGAUUAAGAUCUGGGGUAAACGCGGCCCCAACCCACCUAAGGUUGCCAUGUUAGCAGAAGAACUGGGCCUUCCCUACGACGUCGAAGACACUCCAUUCAGCGACGUCAAAAAACCCGAAUAUCUAGCCAUUAAUCCCAACGGUCGAAUUCCGGCGAUCCACGACCCUAACACUGGUUUCACGAUUUGGGAGUCCGGUGCAAUCAUCGAGUACCUCGUCGAAAAGUACGACACUGCCCACAAGCUAAGCUUCCCACAAGGCAGUGAAGAGAGCUAUCUCGCGAAGCAAUGGCUGUUCUAUCAAGUCAGCGGCCAAGGCCCGUAUUUUGGACAGGCUGUUUGGUUCACCAAAUUCCAUGCUGAGCAGAUCCCAAGCGCGCAGGAGCGGUACUACAGCGAAAUCAAGCGCGUUACUUCCGUCCUAGAAAGUCACCUGAAGAAGCAGGAGAAGGGCGCAGAUGGCCCGUGGUUGGUCGGAAACAAGUUCUCUUAUGCGGAUUUGGCGUUUCUCCCAUGGCAGAAUAUUGUGAUAAACAUGAUGGGCGAGAAGGUGGAUCUGACUGAGUUUACGGAGACGGCCGCGUGGGUUGAGAGGGUCAAGGCCAGGCCGAGCAUUGCAAAGGUUCUUGCGGACUCAGCACACUAGGGACUGUAUUAUCAGAAGCCCUCUUAGAGAGAUGGGGACUACGGGAUCUCCUUACUUCCAAUCUAGCAGUCAUUCAAUUGAAGCUCAGCCUCGAACUAGUCCGUACAAGUGCGUGAUCUUCCCUAUUAACAAUCUUAGCUGC